AUGGAAAAGGAAGUCAACCAGACACUAGUUACUGAUUUUGUUAUGGUGGGUUUCACAACACAUCCAGUCCUGCGCCUGGUCUUCUUUGUGCUGUUCUUGGUCUCAUACACUCUCACGCUGACUGGGAACUUGGGUCUCAUGGUCCUGAUCUACCUUGAUUCCAACUUGCACACCCCCAUGUACUUCUUUGUGGGCAGCCUCUCCUUCCUGGAUAUCUGGUACUCCUCAGUGUACACUCCCCGGAUCCUGUCUGACUGUGUGUCCAAGAACAAGGUCAUGUCUGUUGCGGGUUGUGCAGCACAGUUCUUCUUCUCUGCCGGCUUGGCCUACAGCGAGUGCUUCCUAUUGGCUGCCAUGGCAUAUGACCGCUAUGUGGCCAUCUGCAACCCACUACGCUAUGCCAUUGCAAUGUCCAAGAAACUGUGCAUCCAGCUGGUCAUUGCUUCUUAUGUAGCUGGCUUUGUCGAUGCCAUUGUACACACAGCCAACACCUUCCGCCUACGCUUCUGUGGGGACAACACUAUCGACCAUUACUUUUGUGAUGUACCACCAUUAGUGAAGAUGGCCUGUGAUGAUACUCGCGUCUAUGAACUCAUCAUGACUUCUGUCAUGGGUUGCAAUGUCUUGGCAACCACUGCUCUCAUCCUGGGCUCCUACACUGGGAUUGUGGCAGCCGUCCUACACAUCCGCUCUGCAGCUGGGAGGCGCAAGGCCUUCUCCACUUGUUCUGCUCAUCUGACCUCUGUCACCUUCUUCUAUGGAUCCAUUCUCUUGAUGUAUUCCCGGCCCAGCUCCCAGCACACUCCAAACUGGGACAAGGCAAAUGCCUUGUUCUAUACCAUCGUCAACCCUCUAGCCAACCCCAUGAUUUACAGCUUGCGCAACAAAGAUGUGAAGGUGGCCUUCAAGAAAGUGAUGGCGAAGUUCUUCACUCUAAAGUAA